UGUUCCUCUCUCUCUCCUCUCUUUACCAACACCACCCCGUGCGCAGCCAUGGCUUCCACUUCGAGCGACAAGCCUUCCCCAAAGAAGAAGGAGCCCCAGGGGAUCCAGGCCGGCGGCAAGACGCUGAGGAGCCGCAACAAAGGGGACCAGAUGGACCUCAACACGGCCAACAAGAUGAAGGCGCACCAGAAGGAGCUCCAAGCGCAGAAGCAAGAGGACGGCCUCGGCCGCUUCGCAAAUCAGGAUGGCGAGGGCUCCAAGGAGAACGGCAAGACCUUCAAAAAGUUCGAAAGCUACAAGCGGGAUCACAUGAUGCCGAGCAAGACGGCCGAUCUGCGCAUCUUCAUCGACUACAAGGCCCAGUCCAUCUUCCUUCCCAUCUAUGGAUUCGCUGUGCCCUUUCACAUUAACACGCUCAAGAACCUCAGCAAGAGCGACGAAGGUGACUUUACCUACCUUCGUUUCAACUUCAUCUCGCCCGGACAAGUUGUGGGCAAGAAGGAGGACGUGCCGUUCGAAGACCCCGAUGCGACGUUCGUGCGCAGCAUGUCCUUCCGUUCGUCGGACACGCAACACUUUAGCGAACUCUACCGCGACAUUUCCGAGCUGAAAAAGGCGGCGACAAAGGCCCUGGCCGAGAUGGCCGAGAUGGCCGACGUUGUCGAGCAAGAUAAGAUCGUGUUGACAAAGGGCAGGGUGCCUACCCUCGUCGAGCUCUUCCCUCGACCUGCACUCGACGGAAAAAGGGUGCCGGGCAGCCUAGAGAUCCACCAAAAUGGCGUUCGCUUCGCUUCACCGGUCAGACCCGACCAGAAGAUCGACGUGCUCUUCAACAACAUCAAGCAUCUCUUCUUCCAGCCUUGCGACAGCGAGAUGAUUGUCAUCAUUCACUUCCACCUCAAGGCACCUAUUCUUGUAGGGAAGAAGAAGACAAAGGACGUUCAAUUCUACCGCGAAGCAACCGACGUACAAUACGAUGAGACUGGAAACCGAAAGCGCAAGUACCGUGGCGGCGACGAAGACGAAAUCGAGCUGGAGCAAGAGGAGAGGAGGCGAAGGCGUAUCCUCAACAAGGAAUUCAAGGCCUUUGCAGGACAGAUUGCAGCGGCUUACGACAAUCGCUUCACCGUUGAUAUACCGUUCCGUGAACUGGGCUUCGAUGGUGUCCCCGUCCGGACCCAAGUCUUGCUCCAGCCAACAGCCGACUGCCUCGUCCACCUAACGGACCCUCCCUUCUUUGUCGUGACCCUCUCCGAGAUCGAGUGCGUGCACCUUGAACGCGUCUCUUUUGGGCUCAAGAAUUUCGACAUGGUCAUCAUCAACAGCGAUUUUUCAAAGCCACCCAUCCACAUAAAUUCGAUCGACGUCAAGAAUCUCGACCCCAUCAAGGAGUUCCUCGAUUCUUGUGACAUCUGCGUCACCGAGGGUCCUCUGAAUCUCAACUGGGGUCAGAUUCUGUCGACGGUCCGCGAGGACCCUUACUUGUUCUUCCAAGAAGGAGGAUGGUCAUUUCUGUCUGGCGACUCGGACUCAGACUCCGAAAACGGGUCUGACGAAUCGGCUUCGGGUAGUGACUUUGGAGACCAGGUCGACAGCGAAGAGGUAUUUGAGGACGAGACAAGCGAAGACGAAGACAGCAGCGAGUUCGACAGCAGCGACGACAGUGAUGACUCUGACGCGAGCGGAAGUGAUGAAGAUAGCGGAGAGGACUGGGACGAGAUGGAGAAGAAGGCCAAGAGGGCGGAUGACCGGCGCGACCGGGGUGUGGGCAGCGAUGACGAGAAGCCAAAGAAGAAGGCUAGCAGCAGCAAGAAGCGUUGAGUGAACUGCAGUUCACCCGGUUCACUCUCUCCACACAACAAUAUACUGUACUUUUGGGACUCCUCGCUGUCACUUCCUUUCUCUCAUCAUUGCCUUUACAUGAA